UACCGGCCCCGGGCCCCGCGGGCAGCGCACCGGCUGGCGGGCGCCCCGGACCGCAGGCGGCACUGCGCUCUCCCCUGCUCCUCCGCCAGGUCUGGGGAGACCAAUCUUGCCCGCGCCGCUCCUGACCCGCGCGCCACCUUCCUCCGGUUUCCGCCGGCCGUGGGCUUCGGCUGCCCGAUGUUGCAGGCGCCGCGGAAGAGACAGCAGCCGGCUUGGAGCGAGCGGCGGCAGCCAGCGGAGCGCCACGGAGCCCCAGCGGCGGAGCCCGGUACGCUCCUGCGGUCUUCGCGCCUGGGCCUUGGCGGCACUUGCAAGUGAAGAAGCAGCACCACCUCUGUCUUAGAUGAUUUCUAGUGGGGAGGCUCCGACUAUUUAGCAGUCACCCCAAGCAUCACGGCAUCCUUCACCGUCAGGAACACAGGGCCUUUGGGAAACAGAUUCCUUUAAAGUGCAGGUGGGCCAGCCAUGAGAGGGUACCUCGUGGCCAUAUUCUUGAGUGCUGUCUUCCUCUAUUACGUGCUGCAUUGUAUAUUAUGGGGAGCAAAUGUCUAUUGGGUGCCACCUGUGGAAAUGAAACGGAGAAACAAGAUCCAGCCCUGUUUAUCAAAGCCAGCUUUUGACUCUCUCCUGAGAUUUCAUCAGUUUCACCCUUUUCUUUGUGCAGCUGAUUUUAAAAAGGUCGCUUCCUUGUAUGAUAGUGACAAGUUUGAUUUGCCCUAUGGGAUAAGAACAUCAGCGGAAUAUUUCCGACUUGCUCUUUCAAAACUGCAGAGCUGUGACCUAUUUGAUGAGUUUGACAACGUGCCGUGUAAAAAGUGUGUGGUGGUUGGUAAUGGAGGAGUUUUGAAGAAUAAGACAUUAGGAGGAAAAAUUGACUCCUAUGAUGUAAUAAUAAGAAUGAAUAAUGGUCCUGUUUUAGGACAUGAAGAGGAAGUGGGGAGAAGGACAACCUUCCGACUUUUUUAUCCGGAAUCUGUUUUUUCAGAUCCCAAACACAGUGAUCCUAAUACUACGGCGAUUCUCACUGCUUUCAAGCCGCAUGAUUUAAAGUGGCUGUGGGAGCUGCUGUCGGGUGGCAAAAUAAACACUAAUGGUUUUUGGAAGAAACCAGCCUUAAACCUGAUCUAUAAACCAUAUCAAAUCAGAAUAUUAGAUCCUUUCAUUAUCAGAACUGCAGCUUAUGAACUGCUUAAUUUCCCAAAAGUGUUCCCCAAAAAUCAGAAACCCAAACACCCAACGACGGGAAUUAUCGCCAUCACUCUGGCAUUUCACAUAUGUCAUGAAGUUCACCUUGCUGGUUUUAAAUACAACUUUUCUGACCUCAAGAGUCCUUUGCACUAUUACGGGAAUGCCACCAUGUCUUUGAUGAGUAAGAAUGCAUAUCACAAUGUGACUGCAGAGCAGCUCUUUUUGAAGGACAUUAUAGAAAAAAACUUUGUAAUCAACUUGACUGAAGAUUGACUCUACAGACUCAGCAAUCAACUUGACUCAAGCCUGACUCUCUAGACUCAGCAGAUAACAGUAUUAGUUUUAUUUUUAUACUGCAAUUUUUAGUUUAUUUUUAAAUAUGUCAGAUGUACAUGUCAUAUAUACAGAUAUUAUUACUGCUUGGUGAUUCAUAACCACCAGCUUAAUUUCUGUGAAUAUAUUUAAUUUAUGAAAACUAAGAUAUUUAGUUAUCAGGGAAAUAAGUUUUGAUUGCAUUAUUUUUUAAAUAAGGUUAAUUUUUCUGAGGUGUUUGGCUUCCUAAUAAGUAAGGGGAUUUACAUUCACUGCAACCAAUUUGAAUAGAAGAUGCCAUUUUGAGGGGUAUAAUUUGGCUCCUGUAAAUUGGUGGGGAAUUGGCAUGUGCUUGUGCCUUGAUGUACAAACUAGAAGCACUUCAGGCCUAUAUCCGAUGACUGUUUAGUUCUAUUUGAGGAACGUGAUUUGAAUUUAAAACCAGCCCUGAAUACAGGAGCAUGGAUGGUUAUGGAAAUCUAAGAUCAUACUGGUUUAAUUAGACUUUUUUCCUUGCAAUUAAGUAACCCAUGAUUAUGAUGAAUAAUUAGGUAGAAUGAAGACGGUAUUUUUUUGUUAAGUUGAAGGAAAUAGGCUAAACAUGAAAUUCUGGAUGAGUCCAUAGCCAAAGAAUGCAAUUACUAAAGUCUGGUGACUGAAUUAUUUUAAAGAAAUAAAAAGUUUAUACAAAGAAGCUGAGUUAGGCAAGCUCAAGAAAAUUCUUAAA